UUUUAUCUGCUCGCCACAUGUCCGGCUUUAUCUAGCACCAACGCUGUCUGCCUGCCCUGCCCUGGCUUGGCUUCGUUAUAUCCAUAGCCGGAGCUGCCAGCCUCCCAACCCCUCUCCUCCCAUCUCGCACUCUCCUCCUCUCCUCUUCUUCCUCCACGAGUUCCUUCUCCUUGACUGAGGGGCGCGCCGUUUGUUGCUAUUCAGUUGAUUUCGUAGUCGUUCGUUUGUUCGUCGCCAUCGCCGCCGGCGGCCGAGGGAGGGAGACUGGCGGUAGUAUCCCGGGGGUCGGGGAGGAAGGUUCAAGUCAGAGGCGCUGUUUGUAGGCUACUAGGGAUUCCACGUCGCGACUCUUUCCUUGUUUGCACCGGGCGCCAUGAUUCCCUUCCGCCCCCGCGCCCGUCAUGCCAUGUAUAGCCCGCUCCUGCUAUUUUAAUGCAUGCCUAGCCCUCCUCUUUCCUCAUAAAAACAACGCAAUCAAUCGUCGGGAUCUGAGGGGAUCGGCUUUCCUUCCCGCCUGCAGCCGCAGGGGUGGGCAGCAGGAUCAAUUCUCGGGAUAGAGGGAGAGAUUUCAGUCAGUCGUCAGUCGUCCUAGAAAAGAAAACCACAGCCGGGGAGUCUUUGUCUGUGGUUUGCGGUCGUAGAUGAGCUUCGGCGGCAUGUUCGACGGCGCCGGCUCCGGCGUCUUCUCCUACGACGCCGGCGGGGGCGGCCCCGGCAUGCACAACCCCGGCCGCCUCCUCGCCCAGCCGCCCAUCCCCAGGCCCGCCGCCGGCGCAGGCGGCGGUGGCUUUGCCUCCUCCACCGGCCUCUCCCUCGGCCUGACGAACAUGGAGGGCGGAGGUCAGCUGGGCGGCGCUUUCAUGGGGAGCACGGGGAGCGGCGGCGACGGCGACUCGCUGGGCCGCGCGCGGGAGGACGAGAACGACAGCCGCUCCGGCAGCGACAACCUGGACGGCGCCUCAGCCGACGAGCUCGACCCGGACAACAGCAACCCGCGAAAGAAGAAGAAGCGCUACCACCGCCACACGCCGCAGCAAAUCCAAGAGCUCGAAGCCGUGUUCAAGGAGUGCCCGCACCCCGACGAGAAGCAGCGGAUGGAGCUCAGCCGGCGGCUCAACCUGGAGAGCCGCCAGGUCAAGUUCUGGUUCCAGAAUCGCCGCACCCAGAUGAAGACGCAGAUCGAGCGGCACGAGAACGCGCUGCUGCGGCAGGAGAACGACAAGCUGCGGACGGAGAACAUGACGAUCCGGGAGGCGAUGCGGAGCCCCACCUGCGGCAACUGCGGCGGCGCGGCCGUGCUCGGGGAGGUGUCGCUGGAGGAGCAGCACCUGCGCAUCGAGAACUCGCGCCUCAAGGACGAGCUGGACCGCGUCUGCGCGCUCGCCGGCAAGUUCCUCGGCCGCCCCGUCUCCGCCAUCUCCUCGCCGCUCAGCCUGCCGUCGUCCCUCUGCUCCGGCCUCGACCUCGCCGUCGGCAGCAACAACGGCUUCAUGGGAAUGGGAAUGCAGUCCAUCCCCGACCUCAUGGUCGGCGGCUCGGCGGCCAUGCGCCUGCCCACAGGCAUCAUGGGCGGCGGCCUCGAUGACGGCCUCGGCGGCGAAGGCGUCGCCAUCGACCGCGGCGCGCUGCUGGAGCUCGGGCUGGCGGCAAUGGAGGAGCUGGUGAAGGUGACGCAGGUGGACGACCCGCUGUGGCAGCCCAGCCUGGAUAUUGGGCUGGAGACGCUCAACUUCGACGAGUACCGGCGCGCGUUCGCCCGCGUGCUCGGCCCCAGCCCCGCCGGCUACGUCUCCGAGGCCACCCGCGAGGUCGGCAUUGCCAUCAUCAACAGCGUCGACCUCGUCAACAGCCUCAUGAACGAGGCUCGGUGGUCGGAGAUGUUCCCGUGCGUGGUGGCGAGGGCGAGCACGAUGGAGAUCAUCUCGAGCGGCAUGGGCGGCACCCGCAGCGGCUCAAUCCAACUGGUGACCAUGCACCGUCCUUGCUCUUGCCCAGCCUAUGCUCGCCCGCGCGACGUACCACUGACGUUAUGUUGUGUGCAGAUGCGCGCGGAGCUGCAGGUGCUGUCGCCGCUGGUGCCGAUCAGGGAGGUGACGUUCCUACGCUUCUGCAAGCAGCACGCCGACGGGCUGUGGGCCAUCGUGGACGUGUCGGUGGACGGCGUCCUCCGCCCCGACUCCGGCACCGGCGCCGGCCCGGCAGGGUACAUGGGCUGCCGCCUCCUCCCCUCCGGCUGCAUCGUCGAGGACAUGCAGAACGGCUACGCCAAGGUCACGUGGGUGGUUCACGCCGAGUACGACGAGGCGGCGGUGCACGAGCUGUACCGCCCGCUGCUCCGCUCCGGCCAGGCGCUGGGCGCGCGCCGCUGGCUCGCCUCGCUGCAGCGCCAGUGCGAGUACCACGCCAUCCUCUGCUCCAACCCGCACCCCAACCACGGCGACCGCCACGAGCCCAUCUCGCCGGCGGGGCGCCGCUGCAUGCUCAGGCUGGCGCAGCGGAUGGCUGACAACUUCUGCGCCGGGGUCUGCGCCACGGCCGCCCAGAAGUGGCGCCGCCUCGACGAGUGGCGCGUCGAGGGCGCCGGCGGACGGGACCCGGCCAGCGGGGAGGACAAGGUGCGCAUGAUGGCCAGGCAGAGCGUGGGCGCGCCCGGCGAGCCCCCCGGCGUCGUGCUCAGCGCCACCACCUCCGUGCGGCUCCCCGGCACGCCGCCGCAGCGUGUAUUUGACUACCUCCGCGACGAACAGCGCCGCGGUGAGUGGGACAUCCUCGCCAACGGCGAGGCCAUGCAGGAGAUGGACCACAUCGCCAAGGGCCAGCACCACGGCAACGCCGUCUCCCUCCUCCGUCCUAACGCGACGAGCGGGAACCAGAACAACAUGCUCAUCCUGCAGGAGACGUGCACCGACGCGUCCGGCUCGCUGGUGGUGUACGCGCCGGUGGACGUGCAGUCCAUGCACGUCGUCAUGGGCGGCGGCGACUCGGCCUACGUCUCCCUGCUGCCCUCCGGCUUCGCCAUCCUCCCCGACGGCCACACUGCGCCGGCCGCCGCUACUGACCCUUCUCCCCAGGGCUCGUCGCCCAACGCUCAUGGCGGCAGCAGCAACAACAGCCCCGGCUCGCUCGUCACCGUGGCGUUCCAGAUACUGGUGAACAACCUGCCGACGGCGAAGCUCACCGUGGAGUCGGUCGACACCGUCAGCAACCUGCUCUCCUGCACCAUCCAGAAGAUCAAGUCCGCCCUGCAGGCCAGCAUCAUCUCGCCCUAGCUCCAUGGCUAGCGGGCAUUUGACAUGGAUUCCGGCCAACACACCGAUACAGCGCCAGCCGGAUGCCAUUUCAAAUGUCUAACUAGCUCGAUCAGGUCGUGGAAGAUGAAGAUCACAAAGCUAGAGGAAGAAGAAGAUUUCAGGCGAGAACUCAGAUCAUCAUAGUGGCUUCUUGGGAUACAAAUAAAUUAUAGUGUGGAGAUCGAAUUAGUAUUUCAUAGAGGAAAUGAACGGGGCGAGAUGCGAACUAGGGAUUAAGUCAAGAACGAACCUCGCGCUAGGCAUGCUUGCAUUUUAAUUUGCCGCUGCUUAAACUAGCUGAUGUGGUGGUUCGGGUAUUGACUUAAACUCUGGUGAAGACUGAAGAGAACCCCCUAGGGCUUUGUUUUAUUUUUUUAUCUAUAUAUCUAGUGCUUUGGUUUUAUUAAUGCAUGCUUCUGUGAAGCUUCCUAGGCAAAGAUGCUGAUCAUCAGAUCAACAUGAUAUAUAUAAUAUGUUUGCGUUUGUUAACUUA